AUGAGGCUCACCGCCAAGGCGCACAUCGCGGGCACCCCCGAAAACUUUGAAACUGCCCGCUACGUCAAGGAGAAAUUUGAGAUCCUAUCAGCUCUUAUCGACCCCUACUUCCCCCCUCUUCCCCGCAUCCCACGGCAGUCGUACGGGCUGCGAGCGCACUACGCGGACUACCCCGUGCUGCUCUCCUAUCCGCUGCGCCAGUCGCUGCGCCUCGUGCGGCCCGUCGCGCGCAGCUUCUCGCUGCGCGAACAGCCCGUCCCCGGCGACCCGUUUAGCGCCUCGCGCGCUGCCACCGACCCUUUUAACGCGUAUUCCGGCAGCGGAAGGGUCGGCGGGGGGGUCCGCGGAAGGGUUGGCGGAAAGGGGGAGAGAGAGGCGGAGGGGGAAGGAGCGGGAGAGGCGGAAGGAGCGGCGGUGGUGUACGCGAAUUAUGGGCGCAUGGAUGACUUUGAGGUGCUGGUGGCGGCGAUUGGGGAGGAGCGGGUGAAGGGCACAGUGGCGCUGAUUCGUUAUGGGAAGAAUUUUAGAGGGGAUAAGUUUCGGAAAUCGGAGAGGUUUGGCGUGGCAGCAGUGCUGCUGUAUUCCGAUCCAGCGGACUAUGCGCCAGAGGGCACUGAGGAGGCUUAUGUGUACCCGCAGAACCAAUGGCUGCCCGCCACUGGCGCCCAGAGAGGCACCGUCUACACAGGCAAGGGCGACCCAGCCACGCCCGGGUGGCCGUCCCACCCCGGCGGGGAGAGACUAAGCGACGAGGAGACGGCCAAGAGGCUGCCACGGAUCCCCGUGCUGCCGGUGGGGUACAGUGUGGCGGCGGCUGUCAUGGCGCACAUGGGGGGCAGGGCCGUGCCGGAGGACUGGCAUGGCGGCAUGCUGGGCGUGCACUAUGUGUUUGGCCCGGGACCCGCUGCUGUGGCCAUGGACGUGCAGAUGAACACCACUGUGACCACCAUCCGCAACGUCAUCGGCGUGCUGCCAGGCACCCACCAGCCGGACAGGUUCAUCAUAUUGGGCAACCAUCGUGACGCGUGGGUGUUUGGCGCUGCGGACCCCAACAGUGGAACCUCGUGUCUGCUCGAGCGCAUGGCAGCGCAUGGUUGGUCGCCUCGCCGCUCGCUGGUGUUUGCCAGCUGGGAUGCUGAGGAGUAUGGAUGCCUGGGAUCAACGGAGUGGGCAGAGGACAACGCAGCGGUGCUAGCAACGUCAGCAGUAACGUACAUCAACGUGGACACGGCCGUGGGGGGAGGGGGCUUCCAUGCCUCCGCCACCCCGCAACUUGAUGACCUCAUCCGUGACGUCAGCAGCCAGGUAGCCAAUCCCAACGGUCCAGCUGACUCUCGUUCUGGUGUACGUGUUAACCUCCCUUUAGCAUCUGGUUUUGAGGUGCCUACUCUGGUUCUGGUUCGAUUCUCCUCUCCCUUCCCUCCUCCCUCCCCCACUCUCCCCCCUCUUCCUUUCCCCUCUCUCGCGCCACCAGCCUUCCCCAUGUUCCACAGUGUGUAUGACAACUACCAUUGGAUGGCCACCUUUGCCAAUCCACUCUUCAAGCGCCACGUGGCAAUCGCCAAGCUGAUGGCUGGCGUGGCUGCCAGGCUGGCAGGCAACCACCGCCUGCCCUUCAACUACACCGCCUACGCCGUCCACCUGGAGCAUGACGUGGCUAGGCUGCAGGCUGACGUGGCGGAACAAUUCGCCCCGUCAUCUCUCUCCGUGGCGCCGCUCUUUGCGUCUGUCUCUCACCUCCUGGCUGCUGCUCAAAGCAUCGAAGUGGAAAUCGAGGCAAUUGAAACGAGAACCGCCGGCCCCGUCGACGCCAAUAUGGGGGAUUUCGUGAGAAGUCGAUUUUGGGAGCAUGUCAUCAAGAUUAAGGAUGACAAAGGCAACUUAGUCGGUGCUACCUGCAUUCAUUGCAAGAAUCCAGUGUCGGCUAAUGCGACUAAGAUAGGCGAGCACAUGUUCGGCACUAACAAGAGGGACAAGAACGUCGCGAUGUGCAAGUCGGACUACGCUAAGCAGCUGCGUGCGACAGCCGAUCAAGAGCGCUCGACCACGGGAACUGCUACGGGAGGAUCAAAUUGUGCCUCCACGUCCACGGAGGAGGCGCCGCCCGUGCGUCGCUCCCGGCAGCGAGAUAUCCGUGACAUGACGGACCAAGUUGCGCAUAAUCGCCUGGAUUACCUGUGGGCUGCUGCAGUUGCCGAGAACGACCUCGCUUUCAACGUCAGCAAGUUGAAAUCGAUCCAGGCCUUCGUUGACGCGGUGAUCAUGUACGCGAAACCGUACACCCUCCCAACCCCUUACAAGGUAUCCGGCCCGCUGCUGGACAAGCUGAAGGCGGACUCCGAGGACCUGCUGCGGCCGCUAAAGGAGAGCUGGAAGACUAGCGGGUGCAUGCUCCCCGUCGAUGGAUGGACAUGCAUCAAAUCGCGCGGUCUGGUGUGUGUCAUCGCGCAAAAUGACACUGCACCCGUCAUCGUCGACAUCGUCGACUCGAAGACCGCCAAAAAAACCGGGGACUACUUGGCGGGUCUUAUUCAGGGAGCGAUCACCACGGUGGGGCCGAAGCAUGUCAUCCAAGUCGUAAUGGAUAACGCUUCGAACAACAAAAACGCCGCCAACAAGCUGAGCGCGGAUUAUCCCCAUAUCUUCUUCACCAACUGCGCCGCCCACUGCCUCGACCUCAUGUUGCACGACAUCGGCAAGAUCCCUGCUGUUAAACUCGUCCUUUCCCAAGUGCAUCAGGUAGUGAUGAUGAUCAAAGGCUCCGCCUCGGCCGUCAUCUUGUUCCGUGAGCUUGUUACCAAGCUCUCGUUGGUGCGGCCUGGUGCAACGAGAUUUGGCACCCAGGUCAUCAUGCUCAGCAGGUUCCUGGAGGUGAAGCGCGCGUUGAGGGCGAUGGUAAUCAGCGAGGAAUGGGAGGAUGUGGCGGUGGCACGGACGGAGGAGGGGAUGGAGGUUAGGAAGCUGCUUUUGGACGAUGUUUUUUGGGACCGUGGGACGGCCGUGCACCGCCUCAUGACUCCCAUCUACGAGGUUCUUCGCGCCGUCGACACACGGGCUCAAGUCAUGGGGCAGCUGUACGGCCUCAUGCUUGAGGCCACGGUGAAGACUAAUGCGGCGGCUGAGACGGCUGCCGCACACUUCAUCAAGCGGACGGGUCUUCUAUUACCGAAGGACAAGAGCACCUUUCUCACCACCAUCAAGGCGAUCAUUGCCAGGAGGUGGGACGCACAACUGCACAACCCCCUGCGCGCCAUCGGUUGGCUCCUCAACCCCCGUAACCAGUACAUCGGGGAGGUAAGGAAUGACAAGGAGAUUAGGAAGGGGGUGGAUGAGGUAAUCAAGGCCCGAGGCGGGGAUGUGCAGCAGCGCAUAACGCUAGCUGCACAGGUGGCUCAGUUUCAUCGAGGGGAGGGCAGGUUGGGCUCUGACGAUGCCCGUUGGGCAGCAACUACCUUGGUGGAGGCGGGCCGCAUGACGGAGGCGGAAUGGUGGUUCCUGUUUGGUGGGGAUGUGCAGGCGCUCCAAGACCUGGCUAUGACGUCACUCUCACAGCCAGUCACCUCCUCCGAGGUGGAGAGGUACUGGUCGGCGCUGGCACGUGUGCAGAGGCGCGACCGGAACCGCCUCAUGGCGAAGAAGAUGACUGACGUCACCUUCGUCGCCUUCACCCGACGGGCCCGUGAUGCCUUUGAUCGAAGGGCAGCCUUGCGUUCCAAGCUCUAUCAGGACCUGGGCAACGGCACCCUCAGGGAAGGGGCUGCCAUCAUCCCAGCCGAAGUGGAGGUGGAGGAAGGGGAUGCGGAGGAGGAGGCACCCGUGGAGGAAGAAUGCACCAUUGAUUGGUCGGAAUUUGGGAGCAUCGGCAAGAAGAGGAAAGGGAAGGCGGGUGCCGACUGCCCGGCGUUAAAGUCCUUUGACAGAGUGAACGAGCGCCUCUUUCUGGCUGAGCGGGGGUUCCUUGACGGGCAUGGCAUCGGGCCUCAGUACACGUGGUUCAAGCACCUGGUGUACGGCCCUGAGAAGGACGACGUCUAUGCCACGUCAGCAUUCCCGGGCAUCCGUGAUGCCAUUGCUGACGUCAUCAAGAGCAGCGCCUCUAAGGGAAAUCUCGAGGAUGGGGCGGGUGCGGUGAAGAGGAGAAGCAGUAGUGAGGGUGGGGAGGAGUGGAGUGCGGUGCUGCAUGAGAUUUUCGGGGCGGCACGGGCAAUUGAGAGGGUGGCGAAGAUCCUCAGGGGGCAACUGCUGUGA